GCAAAACUGGCUAGUUUCUCUCAAGGCGGAACACAAUGUCUGUAUCUACCGUUCCGUGUAGGGUUCAUUUUGGGGUGUACCGAAGGAGCAUGUAUUUUACUGUCUAGCAUUACCGGUCUGGGAGAUAUGUAGUAAAAUACCCUUUUCUCUUUGCGAUAAAGAGUCAUUUGGAGUCUGAAAAUACGCAACGUGCCCUGUGCAGUAUUCGUAAAAGUAGCAUUCCUCGUAGGAGGUUCGGAUGUGUCUCCGUGGUAAUGGCCUGGUGUGCAGGCUGGCAGGCAGUUUGUGGGCACCAGAAUGUCCAGCACCGCCACACCGGCUCUGCUGGAGGAGGUUGUGCUCAUUAGCGAGGCUGUGUUCCCACUUUGACCCCCUGGGACUCAGCAGCACCGCUCCAAAGAGGACUGCCGCCACCUCGUCCGCCGGCCCCAGCUCGGGCCAGCAGACUCUGCUGCACACCCCUGUUAUGGUUAAAGAAGUGCUAGAAAGCCUCGAUCUCCAGCCAGGGCAGGUUGUUGUGGAUAUGACCUUUGGGGCCGGAGGUCACACAAAGGCCAUCCUAAGGGCGGUGCAUGAUGUGACGGUGGUUGCCCUCGACCGCGACCCUCUGGCCUACCGACUAGCUCAGCAGCUGGCAGAGGAACACCCGGGUCGUGUGUAUCCGCUGCUGGGGCGCUUUAGUGAACUGAGCUCCCUGCUGACCGGCCUGGGCUUUGGCCCAGGAAGCGUGAGCGCCGCCCUGGUGGACGCUGGCUGCUCCUCCAUGCAGAUGGACAGCGCCCAGCGCGGCUUCGCCCUCAGCAAGGAUGGGCCCCUGGACAUGAGGAUGGACGGAGAGAGGUUUCCCAGAAUGCCGAGCGCCGCUGACGUGCUGAAUGCCUUGGAUCAACAGGCGCUUGCGUCGCUGCUGCGAGCCUACGGAGAGGAGAGGCAUGCCGGCAAAAUCGCCUCUGCCAUCGCGCAGGCACGGCACAUCUACCCUAUCCAACGCACUCAACAGCUGGCCAGCAUAGUGGCAGGAGCGAUGCCGCCCUGUGCACUGUACGCCCGGCGUGACCGUCUGCAGAGACCAUCCCACGUAGCCACCAAGACCUUCCAGGCGCUGCGGGUGUUCGUCAACGAUGAGCUGAACGAGCUGCACGCGGCUCUGCAGGCAGCGCAGUUACACCUCCGGCCCUCUGGGGGGCGCCUGUGUGUGCUCACCUUCCACUCGCUGGAGGACCGGCUGGUCAAGCGCUUCCUGAGGGGGGAGGAUCUCGCCGCGCCGCCCAGGAUGUCCAGCCGGCAGCGGGCCAGACGAGCGCUAAGGGCCCGACAGGAGGAGGAGCAGGACGAGGAUGAAGAUGAGGAGGAGGAUGAUGAGGAUGGUGGUGUGGGCAGUGCAGGGUGGGUGAGUCUGAGGAGGAAGGUGCUGACGCCGUCCAGGGAGGAGCUGGAGGAAAACCCGCGAGGACGCUCCGCCAAGCUGCGUGCCGCCAUCCGGCGCUGAGCGACCUUUGACCUCACAGGCUGAACUUGUGACCCUGAGGGUCAAGAGCACUCUGUGUGUGUGUGUGUUUGUGUGUGUGUCUUUGUGUGUGGGGGUUACAUGUCUCUACCCUAUCUACUGUAUCAGUCAGGGCUGUGUUUCUCCUCAUGGCCACGACUACCACUAACAGACUCAAGGUCAAGACGUCAAAAACACUGAGUAGGUGUCCUGUGUUCACAACCUGUCAAUCAUCCAGGGCUUUGUUUGCAAAAGGCUUGUCUUCUGAAUGAUUAACAUGUUAUUCGACUCUCCGUGCACACCCCUACUUUUUAGUUUCUUGUCUUUACUCUUCACUGAGUGUACACUGUCACUGUGUACAGUUGUUUGGGUUUGUUUUGUUGUACUUUCAUUUGACUGAUAAAACUGAUAACUGAUGAUGGCCCUGUGUUGUCAGUUAAGAAUGGACCUGCCCAAAUUAUUUUUUAUUCUAUUUUUGUUUUUGAAAUAAAUUGAGAUUGAGAUUCA